AUGAAAUUUGGUGACUAUUUAAACGAGCAAGUAUUUGCGCCGUGGCGCCAUUACUACGUUCAAUACGACUACCUUAAAUAUGAGCUCAGAAAGCGCCAGCUCAGUGACAUGGGAUGGACUGAUGAAGACGAACAAGACUUUAUCCGCAUUCUUGAGACCGAACUGGACAAGGUGUAUGACUUUGUUACUGCCAAACUGGUCGAAGUCGAAGCAAGAAUUACAUACUGUGAGCGAACAUUACGGAUAUCAAGUACCUCGCUCAAGUCGCCGCCAUCUCAACGUCAAAUGGUUGAUGAUACCCUGACCGAAGCCCUGUUUGAUAUCAACGAUCUGGCCAAGUUCACUCGACUCAAUUACACUGCUUUUCUAAAGAUCCUCAAGAAGCAUGACAAAUGGACCCCUGGGUUUCCACGCCUACAGCAAGAAUUUAUCCCCAAGAUGCGUGCAAAGCCGUUGGACAAGCAGCGAUUCGACGUACCCAUUAUUUACAUUUCAGCGCUCCAUGAUAUUUGUCGCAACACAAGAACACGUUCUCCCUAUGCUCAAGGCAGUGAUGACGAAGGCGAAGGGGGUGGUGCCGGUAAUGGUGGUGGUGGCGAUGUGUUUGAGCGGGCCACAGCCAAGUACUGGGUUCACCCAGACAAUGUCACUGAAGUCAAGGCUAUUCUGAUGCUCAACUUGCCUGUGUACCUUUACGACAGUCCUGAUGUCAAGCAAUACAAGGAGAGCGAUUCUUCCAUCUCGAGUGUUUACAUUGACAAUUCACAGUUUGAGCUGUACACCGGCCGUUUGCAGCGAGAUGAAGGUGCAGAAGCAAUCCGCAUUCGAUGGUAUGGAGAUAUGCAUGCUAACCCGGUAUUCGUCGAGCGAAAAACACAUCACGCGCCAUGGACAGAAGACUUGCGAUCUCUCAAGGAACGUUUUGCUCUGGACGUCGAUAGAGUCUCUGGUUAUCUUUCUGGCCACCCCUAUGAAGGCAAAGAAAAACACAUGUUUGUAGCCAACGGCGUACAAGAAUCAAUCAAGUCCAAAAACCUCAAGCCGACACUACGUGUGUUCUAUCAUCGAACUGCAUUUCAAGUCCCCAAGGACCAGCGAGUGCGCGUCAGUCUCGAUACAGACUUGACGUUUAUCAAGGAAAAUAGCCGCUCCCAUUGGCGUCGCCCCGAUGUAGGUAUUGACCACCCGUUUCCGUACUUGGAAGAUGACGAAAUCCUUCGGUUCCCCUACGCUGUCCUUGAAACAAAGGUACAGACGCAUCUUGGUCAAGAUAUGCCGGAUUGGCUCAGCCGACUUGUCGACUCUCAUUUGGUGCAUGAAGUUCCACGAUUCUCGAAAUAUUUGCAUGGAGCGAGCACUCUGUUUAGAGACCAAAUUCCACUACUACCUUGGUGGCAUUCUGAACUGACGGUGGAUAUUCUGAAACCACGCGAUACCAACUUUGGGUUGUCCCGAUCAGCAUCGUUCAAGCCGCUGAUGGAUGGCCAGUAUGUCUUCAAGCGUGCCAUGGAUACCGAACAUCAACGUAUACGGGUUGUCUCUAUGGUUCCAGAGGAGUCCCAGAACUCAUCG